UGACACCUUUAAGAAUUCUGAUCAGAUUAAAAAUCUAAGCAAAUGAUGCAAUAAAAAAAUACCAACAGUGUGUGUAUUGAUGAUUUGACUCAUCUACCUUUGCUUUAAAUUUCUUUAUCAGCUAAAUAAAUACAGUGCCGAAUGCAAAUAGCUUAAUUAGCCUCACAGCUGCAACAGUUUGAGGAGAAAACUGGUCAUUGUGUGACUAGUCUUCUGGAUGUGACCCGGCUCCCAGCUCAACACACACCCGUGAAAUCCCCUUGAUGGGUGAGCAGCUGAUGGCGCUUCAUUACAAAGGUCAUAUCGUGUCUCCUCCUCUUUUUUCAUGUCUUUGCGUUCCCUCUGCCUUGUUUUUCGUAUUAAUUCUGUUUGACCUCGAAAGGAACAAAGAUGCAUGCUAUUUGAUUUAAUCAUUCUUUACUUUGAAGUCAUUGCUAGAAUUAGAAGGAUAAAUUGUACUCAUUUUGUUGUUGAGUCUGUUACCAUGGUCACAACAUGAUUCUGCAGGCGUUCUUCUGGUCAGCUUUUGCCCCAAUCACAUUGCACGCCUAUAGGAUCUGGCGUUUUUAAGUAAAGAUUUCCAUCUUUCAGAAAGUGAGAAAAAGGCUGCAUGGAGAUGACGUCCAGUUAUGGAGGAUCACAGAGAAAAGACUCCAAGGAAGAAGGUGAGGGCAAGAGCCAUUCUGAAAUUUUAUGAAAUUUAAUGAAAUAACUCCUUUUCCUUUGAGAUGAAAGUGAAGUGGUUAAAUCAAAGAAUUCCAGCUAAAGUUUGCCAGAAAAAGCUUUUGUGUGAGUUCGAAAGAAUCACACAGAUGUUGCCUCAGUCAAAAAAGGAGUUUCAGAUGCUGAUUUAAAAAAAAAUUCUGAGAAAGACGAGAUUUGAAAUAAGUCCUGAGUUAAAAAAAAAAAUCUCCAGUCAGUCUGUCUAUGAACUCCUGAGAAGAAUGAAUGUGGUUUGUUCAUCUGAAGCUUGGAAAAGGACAACAGUGUGUUCAAGCCACCCCCCUGCUGGGCGGCCCAUGAGCCUGUCGAUAUGGUGGUUUGAUGCUGGAUGGGAAAUAAGAACAACCCCCCCACAACAAACAGAGGGCUGGAACAGAGAAAGAGGGGAACAGAGGGAAGAACCAUCGACAGAUGGACUCUGUUGUGAUAAAAGAUGGCGGCAGUCUUCACCGCAGACGACGAAGGACUGUAUUCCGUCCAUAAAAAAGCAGUGGGAGUUGUCUGCGGUUCAGCUCAACAGAACCACGAAGCACACGGAAAGGUACAAGCUGAAAACAAAGGAAGGUUCUUAUGGCGGGGUUUGGUUCCAAACGUACCUUUCCGUUUCAUCCCGGUGAGAUUGGCUUCACCUCUCCAGCGCCAACAGUCAAACAGCAGUGCCAUGGGAUCCUCAAUCACAGGACACAUUGCUGGAAGAUGUAAGAGGAAGACGAUCAAACUCAAGGAGUGUUUUCGCAGUGGCACAGGCAGAGCGCUGGAUCGCACCACUGUGCAGGGCGGGCUCUACGGCGAAGACGUACAUGGAUGCAGAGACUAUGAACAUAAGCGAGAAAAGGAGCCACAUAGCCGACCUCGGAGGCAGCUUCACCGAGGAUGCUCCUAGACCCCCGGUCCCCGGGGAAGAAGGGGAGUUUUUGUCAAGUGAAGGUCGCCUAAACAUCAACCUUGGCUUUUCCUCAAAAAAUGAGAGCCUUAAAUGUGAAGCACCUACGGCUACACCACGGAGACCUGACUUGGAUUUGGGUUACGAGCCAGAAGGCAGUGCUUCCCCAACACCACCCUACUUGAAAUGGGCUGAGUCUCUACAUUCUCUGUUGGAUGACCAGGAUGGCAUCCAACUGUUCAGGAAGUUCCUCAAGCAGGAAGACUGUGCAGAUAUGUUGGAUUUCUGGUUUGCGUGCAGCGGCUUUAGGAAGCUUGAAGCUCAUGAGGGGAACGAGGAAAAGAAGGUAAAACUGGCAAAAGCGAUUUAUAAGAAGUUCAUCUUGGACAACAAUGGGAUUGUUUCCAGACAGAUCAGACCAGCGACAAAGUGCUUCAUCAAAGACUGUUUGAUGAGACUGCACAUAGAUCCUGCCAUGUUUGACCAAGCUCAGGCUGAAAUUCAGACGAUGAUGGAGGAAAACACUUACCCCCUCUUCCUUAAAUCUGAUACAUAUUUGGAAUAUGCGCGGACUGGAGGGGAAAGCCCUAACAUGCACCACGACCACAGGUCUGAGUCUGAAAAAGGACAGGGGUUGUCGAGUUACUUACCGACUCUGAAUGAAAUUGACGAGUGGAGAUGCGACCAAGGGCCGGCAGAGCAACCCGAGUACGACUCCCAACCGAGCAUGCAGCUCACUCAGAAGCUGUUGAUAGAGACGGUAUCGCAGCGAGUCGCCAGCAGCUCCAGAUGCCAGGACAGUUACGAGUUCAGGCAUGCAGCAUGUUGGGAGCCUGUCAAUCCAUACUAUAUCAACUCUGGUCAUGUCAUGGCUCCCGCCACCAGUGCCAAUGACAGUGAGCAACAGAGCAUGUCCAGCGAUGCUGACUCGCUCUCUCUCUUAGACAUCAGCAUAGAUGGGAUUCCACCCCACCAAUACCGUAAACAGCAUCGCCGGGAGAUGCAGGAAAGUGCCAAAGCGAACGGGCGGGUGCCGCUACCUCAUUUUCCUCGCACAAACCGGAUUCCAAAGGAUAUACAUGUGGAGCCGGAAAGGUUUGCUGCCGAGCUCAUCAGGAGGCUGGAGAGCGUCCUGAGGGAGAGGGAAGCUCAGGAAAAACUGGAGGAGCGGCUGAGGAGAGUGCGGCUGGAGGAAGAAGGGGAGGAAGUCGACACAUCCACAUCCUCAUCUGGUUACAGAUUCCCCCCUGCUGCUCAUUUGCAGGACUACAACCCCGGCAACGCUGAUGGCAGCCACAGCAGUCCCCUUUCAAGAGACGCUCAUGAGGAGAACCCUGAAAGCAUCUUAGAUGAUCACGUUCAGCGGGUCAUGAAGACACCGUGCUGCCAGUCUCCAAAGACUGGUCGCCACUCUCCGAAGUCCCGCUCUCCGGAUGUGUUCCCAGGGGUGAAAGGUUCUGGACAUUCAGGCCAGGGUAAACACUCAUCCAGGCCUAGUUUUGAAAUGAACCACUUCUACCACCACCAAAAUGUGCACCACAUCCAUCAUUUUGGAACUGGGAAGGGCAAAUCGCAGGAGGCAGAGGUACCCAUGGGUGCAUUUCCAUGGAACAUGGAGACAAGCCAUUAUGGGUCCAAGUGUCGCAGCUAUGCAGAUGGAAUGAGAUCCAACCCCAUGGAGCAAACAGGGUACAAAAGUAGAAGUGGUUCACAGUUUAGAAGGCCGUUCAAAAAAGAUGAAGAUGUGCGUCCUGGAAGCAUACUAGAAGAGGAAAUGGAGAAAAACCAGAAGAUUCUUGUGUGGCUGACGGAGGGACAGAAAGAAAUGGUUCAACACAAAAGAAGCCCAUACGGGAGUGUCAGUGGGUCCAGGCGAAGCACAAGCCACGAGAAAUCCCAGCUCGGUUGUGUGGACAGAUCUGGGUCGAUGCACCCGUGCCUCAGCUCACAGCCCCGCAACAACGCGCAGCCGUCCCACCCUUUCAUCCAGGAUCCCACCAUGCCCCCCAACCCCGCUCCCAGCCCCCUCAUCCAGCUGGAGGAGGUUUGCCGGCGGCUUGAGGAGGAGAAGAUUAAGAUGGGGCCUUUACAGCCCAAGCAGAGGUAUGUGAUGCAGGUGAUCCAGAGAGGGCGCACCGCGGUAAGGCCGGCAAUGUUUCCACCUCUCAACGCGGUCCCUGCUGUUUCCGACAACGAGCUCUUCAAUUCUGAGCAGAAAGCCACAAAGAAGGCAGCGUGUGAAAACCUAACAGUGGCGUAUUACUUCUGCGAGGAGCUGAUACCAUACAGGACGUCGGUCAAAGGGACGGUGGUCACACUGGGCCAGUUCAAGGAACUUCUGACAAAAAAAGGAAAUUACAGAUAUUAUUUCAAGAAGGUGAGCGAUGAGUUCGACUGCGGGGUGGUGUUUGAAGAGAUUCGAGAGGACGGCGAUGUCCUUCCGAUCUUCGAGGACAAGAUCAUUGGGAAAGUGGAAAAGGUCGAUUGAAGUGUAAGUUAAUGAAGACGACGCAGUGAGGAGCAGAAAGUGUCUCAAGAUGGACGGGACAUGAAGAACAAAUGACAAUAAUACGAGAAAGGGGUCUCUUUCUCCUCUGAACUGUGUAAUGUAGCACUGUAAAGUGUACUAAAUAAAGAAUGCUACUAAAUCAACACAUAUUUUUGAUAAAAUAGUAUCUGAGGGUUUUCUGAACUUGUCAGUUUAAUUGCAUUGUAAAGCCAGAUGUGUACAGUUUGUGUAAUAGAAUAACAAAAAUUUCUAUCUAUUUAAGUAUUUAAAAUCCAAACUCCUGAUUUUAUUGAAUUUAGAUAAGUUUGUUGUUGAUCAAAAUUGUUUUAUAGAGAGCGUGUAACAAUGUGUAAAAAAGACUCAUGGGCUGCAGCUUUUAUUUUUUUCAUUUCUUUAAGCUCUAAAACACAACUUUGAGUCAGUCAGUUCAGCUGCUUUCUCAGUAAAACAAACCACUGAGCAGAAAUCCUUUUUACAUUGGUGCAGCCCCGUGCAUUUACAUGAUCAAAACAUACCUUUUAAUGCGCUUUUAUUUUUUUUUCAUGCAGAAGCAAUUUUAUGAUAGAAGACACAGCAAAAAUGUGUAAUUUUAUUUAUAUUGAGACCAAUAUUCAAGCAUUUAAAGACCCACUCUGAUAAAAAUUGUGUUUUAAUAUGAUCUUGUGGCAUUUUU